CUCAGAAUUCUGACUUUUUUCUCAGAAUUCUGAGAUUAAAGUCAGAAUUCUGACUUUUUUCUCAGAAUUCUGACUUUAAUCUCAGAAUUUUGAGGUGGGCACCUGCAGGCUUCCAGCUUCAGUGACAGCGAUGUGUCCAGUUUGGCAGGUGGAGAACUAAUUCACUAAAUAUGGUGGAUAUAAGUGAUUUUUUGCGUGGCCGAGGGGUCCCCGAAGAUGCUAUUUUAUUAAUGGAAGAGCAGAAGAUUGACUGUGACGUCAUAGCACUGAUGGAUGACGCAACUUUGGCAAACUACAUUCCCUCGUAUGGAGACCGAAUUGCCCUCUUCAAUUUCUGCAAAAGCAAGCAACCACUGUCAAAAAGAAAACUAGGACUUCUGCAAAAACUUCGUGAGAAAAUGAAAACCAGAAAAGAAAGUCCAAAGGAGAACACUUCACAUACAGAUGCAGGAAUAAGACAGACAAAGAAGCAAAAAGCAACACGAAAUGUUGAGAUAGGAUGGAUCCAUAGUGAUGGAAAAAUAGCCAAACAGGUGAGAGCGAAGCAGGGAGGUGGCACUAGAAAAAUUCAAAUGGCCACUGAUGCUGGAUUAAAAGAUAUUCUUCAGGAAGGAAAGAAACUUUUUUUUCCUGAUGGCAUAUCUCCUAAGGGAUGUGAAACAGAUUUUGAGUUUGAGGUUUGGGACUUUAAACAGAACUACCUUACUGAUGAUACCUGCCAGUCUAUUGGCAAUAUGUAUGAGGCAGCGAGACUGACAAUGUUACGCUUCUACAUUGCAACAAAACCAAAAGAUCCUGAAAAAGAUGCCAGCGAGACAUCUGAAGUGGUGUUUGUCUCAGAAAGCAGUGGCAGUGAUAUUAAUCCAUUGCAAGUGGGGAAGUCAGGGGUAAUUUUGAUGAAGUCAUCGCUGGUUCAGAAAUUUUAG